ACUGCGCUUACAUCGAGUCUUACGUUCCUUCAUUCACCACCGCCCGUCUCUCCGCUUAUUUUACCUAGAACUAUUCGUUUCGGUCACAAUCACCUACGAUGUCGUCUCGAUCCUCACAGGAGGCAGGUCCCUCAUCCGGAGUAGGACCUCUGCUCGCGAAUAAGUUGCCGUCGAUCAGGAUCUUACGUCCGCCCCCAGGGAGAGGUUCCCCGAAAGUGGACGAACGGUGUUUCACCUACUGUUCACAGACCAUCGGCGGACGUAUAAACCAGACAGAACCCUGGUGUCGCACAGUCUGCGUUCGACGAGUCUUUGACCAUGAAGUCAAACGGACCAUCGCUACCUUUGACGAAGACCAUGCUGAAAUCAAGACUGUCGACGCCAAGUAUCCACUUCCACCCGAAGGUCAAAAGGCUCUCCGAUUCUUUCCUUGGGUACACGAAGAUCCUAAUGAAUCGCAUGAAGAAGGUUCUCAUGCUCGUGGGCCCGGACGGGCGUACGGACCUAAGAAGGAUUUGCGAUUCUGGCAGGAGGGCUGGUAUCUCUGGAUGAGUAAGAGUCGGUGGGGUGCACAGGAGAGGCUAGAUCUGAUGAUGCAGGAUUUGGAACAUCAGGCGGAAUGGCAACAAUAUAAGGACAAGGUGAUUUCGGAUUGGGCUUCGUAUGAGAGGAAACAACAGUCACAAGCACAAUCACAACUGGAUCGUCCGCCGCCUAUGGCAGGGGAGGCUUUCACGGCUCAUGAUCCUCUACACACUGCUACGCAUACGCACCAACAUGAUGAUUCUUCCCUUCCGCCGCCGCCACCUUUUCCCGAUUAUGUCUCACAGUCCCUCUUGAUACACCUACCGCCUCCCAUUGAACCGCCUUUCGAGAAGGUUCUCGGGCCUACAGGGAGGGUACUCGCUAAGACAUGGGAGUCCAUCGAGAACGGUCAACAACGCCAGCUCUUUACCCGGAUAGUCGAGAAAGCCUUUACGCAAGAGCCACUCAUUCUCGCCCAGAAUGUAUGCAGGAAGGUGUGGGAGAUGUGGACGCAGAAUAACAGGGGAAAUGAAGAGAAUAGUUGAGUCUGGUUUCGUAGAAAUCGGACUAACGGCAGUUUCGCGUUCUUGCUUUUUUGGGGGGGACUUGAUGAUUUUUAUUCAAGACUUGGGUCCAUAGACUAUAAUCCCUACAUGACUUUUAUUCAUUACGCUCCCGCUCGCUCUUGACGUGAACAUCCGAAUGCGGGUCUUGAUACGAAAUCAUGUGCAGCUCGCGUCCUUUGCGCAGUUUUUUUGCGCUAUAACACGCACUGUGGACUGGUGAUAUCGUGUUGAUCCUUCACCGAACGAUUGAAUAUUUUGCAUAGUGUGCC